AAGUUCCCAGGUACACCAUUGUGCAUCCCAACAUUCCGGUAUAAUUUCCCCGCAGACAAUAAAACCAAUCCACCACACCAGUAUCAUCUACCAAUUCGGAAAAGAAAAGGUCGCAAAAAUCAUGACGGUCGAAAGCCGGGAGAAAGUUACCCCGGCCCGCCCGCGGUUAGGUGCUUCGACGCCGGAAGAUAAGCCCACCGCCGCAACCACCGACUGGACCGCCGGCUGCUGGACCGCGCGGGUCCUUGAGAAGCCCGAAGUCCCCGUCCAGGAGACGAAGCAGAAGCAGUCCAACAUCACCCGCAACAAGAACGACUACUACUGGAUCCUGGGGUUCUACCUGCUGUUUUUCGUCCUCUCUCGGCUCCAGUGGCCCACGCACCUGAAAACCACCGUGCGCGAUCGGGAGUACCUGAUCGAGGAGAUGAACAGCCUGUCCGUGUUCGGUCCGUUACCGGACCCGCGAAACGGGGACUGGAACCAGCUCUGGUUCCUCUAUUUCCUGCAGACCGCGCUCGCGAUCCCGGUCGUCGUUGCGUGCACCUGGGUGGUGAUGUUCGGGUACGACCGCGUCUGCGGAUGUCGUGCCACUCGCGGGUCCACUACCACCGGUCCGACGCUCUUGUUCCAGCUGAAAACCAUCGCGGUCAACUGCUGCCUGUUCCUGCCCCUGGCCGACACCCUCGCGGUGUACCUGGUGCACAAGGGCGCGUUCAAGACCUUUGUCCAGGACUGUCCGCACACCUAUCAAAAGGAAAAAUCCCCCCUCCCCAUAUCGAAAACGAAAUUUGUGUUGCUGUAUUUGUGUAAGAACUGCACGCAGAUCGUAAGCCUAAGGAGGGGGGGGCUCUUGGUGUAGGGGCCUAGCAUGGCAGGCGUCUGCCCUAUAGGCCUUGCAGCAUUACAAAGCGCCUGCAUACCCUGGCGGAGUCUCUGAGUUUGCCCUCUUGCAAGAGAGACAGGAUUUGUGGCCACAAAUCAGCAUCGCAAAUCUUUAGAAACAUAGACACUUCUUCAGUAUGGGGAGGGGGGAUUUUUCGUCUCAAUAACACCGCGAUGGACUUCUUCGGGGUUUUCUCUUUGAACCCGACGGACCACUUUUACGUCUACCACCUCCGGGACGCGCUGCUCUGGGCCCUGGGGUUCGAGCUGUGCUGGUACUUCCAGCACCGGGGGAUGCACGACAACAAGUUCCUGUGGAAGUUCGGCCACGAGUAUCACCACCAGUGGCGCAAGCCCGAGCACAUGAUGGGCGUCACCAACUUCGCGUUCGACCAUGUGGUGGAGGUUUGGGUUACCAUGAGCAGCAGUUUCAUUGUACCACACAGAGAAAAAGCUGGCGUAUCAGAGGACUUGUUGUAUAUGUGUGGAAUACCAUGAAUAGAAGACAGGGCAGAUGUUCCUUCGUCGAUAGCAUGUUGUUUGAGCUCAUUUGCAAUAUACUUUUAUACGAAUUUUUGGCUUAUAGUUGUUUUUGCAUGUUGUAGUUGACAGCGCAUCUGCUAUGCUAGCUUUUUUCUCUGGGAUACAUCCCGAUGCUGUUCUUUCCCAUCCAUCUGUGGACCAUGCGGAUCGUGGGUUUUUUCUACAUGAUCCUCGCGGUGCUGGCCCACUGGGACGGGUUUGCCAUGCGGUACCACCUGAACCACCACUACUUGGUGGUGAAAAACUACGGUAGCCACGUGCCGAUCUUCGACAUGUUCUUCGGUACCUACCAGCCAAACUCGUUUUUUCCGACCUGCGAAAAGCACUGGUAUCCGGGGUUCAAACCGGAAGGUCGAACGGGUAUCAAAUGUUGCAAAAAUGUCUGGGUCUGGAAAGUCGCAACUUGUCAUGCCGUCUUCGGAUUCGAAAAAAAUUUGUGUUGCAUGACCAGCAAGGGGAGUCGACUUUGUGCUACGCGGAGAGGGCAUUUGUCAUGCAGUAUACGCAUCAGAAACAGCGAGCCCUCAAAAAGUCUGUGAUGCUAGGGCAUGCAUCACAGACGUCAUGGGUCAUGCAAAAUGUGCAUGGCAAGUCUUGCACUAUUCCAGACCCAGACAUAUUUGCAAUCCAUAACGGGGGGAAACGACCAAAAUGCGAACGACAAAGGCCAGGAGGGGACCACCAGGAAGGAGACUGCAAAGGAACAAUAAGGAAGGCCGCUUGCGAUGUCUCCCCAUGCAUAGUUUUACUGAUUUCAAUCAUCGUCAAUUUUCAAUAGUGUUUGUCGAGUAAGUCGAUUGUAUCAGUGCUAUGAUUCAUAGCAACAGUUUUCGGAAGUCGCGCAAAGUGCGUGAACUUCUGGGUAUUAUUUGCAUUGUCACGACGUUUUCUACUUGAAUGCGGUACUCGUUCCCUGGAGGGAGUCGUUUUCCCGAUUUCUCAUGGCCUCGACAAGGCUUCUCAAGUACAUUCUCGCAAGAGCACCUUGCUUUCCAUGCUGUUGCUUGCAUCCCCAUUCUACUGCGUAUAAACUUUUUCUCGUGACGAAGAUAAGGUGUCAAAUUGAAAGUUUCACUAGUGAAAAAUCAGUUUGCCUAGAGUUACUACAUACAAUAGUUCCGCAGCGAUCUACACAGUCACACCAACGGGUCCUCAAAGUGAUUAUUCUAUGUGGACAGUACAAUUCUUUUUAUUUUUUCUCUCAGCUUCAGCACCAGCAGAGCUACAAUAUUU